AUCUAAAAAAAUUCAUAUCUUGCCGAAAAAUUCGCACUCACUCGCGAAGCCGGAGCAAUUUCUGGGUGCAUCAGUGUGUGUUGUGUGUGUGGGUGUAAAGCUGAGGAAAAAAUUCAAUCAAAGCUAUGAGAGUGUUGGAAGGCUAAAGAAAAAAUGCCUCAAGCAAUAAUGUUUUUGAAGCCCUUCAUUUCUGCUCCAUCAGCUUCAAUUUGGAGCGAAUCGAUUGGCAGCAAGAAUGGAGUUGAUGCUAACAUUAGGAUAUGUAAGAGGGCCGAGGUGGUGUGCUUUGGAAUGCUGGCGCCGCGAAAGUUCAUGCAGAGGAGGAGGAAAGUCGAGGUUUUCAAGGAUGCUGCGGAUGAGGCGGAUCAGAGGAGCUGGAGGAAGUUGAUGCUCGAGAUGGAGGAAGCUGACUCUGCCGUUGAGGUGCUCAAGAGCCGGAGAGUCAAGAACCAGGCUCUGCCUAAAGAUGUCGUGGUUGGGACGCUCGUCAGAUUUAAGCAGCUCAAGAGAUGGAACCUUGUUAGUGAGAUACUCGAAUGGCUGCGGACUCAGCAUUGGUGGGAUUUCAAGGAGAUGGACUUUCUGAUGCUUAUUACAGCCUAUGGAAAACUCGGGAACUUCACUAAAGCCGAGAGGAUCAUGAAUUACAUGAUAAAAAAUGGUUAUCCGCCUCACGUUGUAUCCUACACUGCUCUUAUGGAAGCGUACGGGAAAGGAGGUCAAUACAGUCAGGCAGAAGCAAUCUUUCGUAGAAUGCAAUCCUCAGGCCCCGAACCAUCUGCAGUGACGUAUCAAAUAAUUCUCAAAACGUUUGUGGCGGCUAACAAAUUUAAAGAAGCCGAAGAAAUCUUUGAAACCCUACUCGAUGAAAAGAUUUCACCUCUAAAACCGGACCAGAAAAUGUUCCACAUGAUGAUUUACAUGUACAAGAAAUCAGGGGAGUUUGACAAAGCUCGUAAACUAUUUGCAUUGAUGACUGAGAGAGGAGUCGAGCAAAAUACAGUGACUUAUAACAGCUUGAUGUCGUUUGAAACCAACUACAAAGAGGUUGCCAAUAUCUUCGACCAGAUGCAAAGGUCGAUUUAUCGACCUGAUGUUGUGAGCUACGCUCUUCUCAUCAACGCCUAUGGAAAAGCUAGAAGAGAAGAAGAAGCUUUAGCUGUGUUUGAAGAGAUGCUUGAUGCUGGUGUGAGGCCGACGCAGAAAGCAUACAACAUCUUGCUAGAUGCAUUUGCGAUAUCCGGGAUGGUAGAGCAAGCACGAGUCGUCUUCAAGAGCAUGAGACGGGACAGAUGCACUCCCGAUCUCUGCUCUUACACGACUAUGCUAUCGGCCUAUGUUAAUGCAUCUGAUAUGGAUGGUGCUGAGAAAUUCUUUAAAAGGAUAAAGCAAGACGGGUUCGAGCCGAACGUUGUCACCCAUGGUACUCUCAUCAACGGGUACGCUAAAGCAAACGAUCUCGAGAAGAUGAUGGAGAAGUACGAGAGCAUGCGCCUCGAAGGAAUCAAAGCCAAUGCGACCAUAUUCACUUCCAUCAUGGACGCUUUCGGGAGGAACAAGGAUUUUGGCAGUGCCGUGAUUUGGUAUAGUGAGAUGGUGUCGAGUGGCGUCGUGCCCGACCAGAAGGCCAAGAACGUACUCCUGUCUCUGGCGAAAACACCGGAAGAACAGCUCGAAGCUACGCAACUCGUGGAGAAUCCUUCUUCAGGCCGACUCUCGAAUGGAAUCGCAAGCAACAAAGUCGAGAACAUGGACGAUAGCGAAGACGAAGAUGAAGACGAGGGGAAAGUAUUGGAUGAUGAAUUUGAUGAGUUGACAAUUAGCAGCAAUGAUCAAUUAGUAGAAGCUCAUGCUUUGUGAAAAUUGUCAUGAAAUUUUGGAUGAUUUUGAUUUUGGUUGUUGCUAUAAUUGCAUAUAGUGUUGAUAA